AACUCGAAGCUCGGGUCGUAGAGUUCGUUUUCGUCUCGCGUAUCGGGCGUUCGCGGCGAUCGGCAAUCCUGGCGGGCGACACUACCGCGCCGCGCGUCCAGCCGGCGGGACGCCUCGUGCUAUAUAAAUAACUCUCCGUGCAAUCGCUUAUCGCUUUGCCGAAGUAGCCGCGGGGUAGGAUCAGGCAUCAGAUUUAUCUCGUAACUGAGGAAGAAUCCUCUUUUAUAUCAAUAUCGUGUAGAAUCGUGAGAAUGGCGACGACCGAGUUGGUGGGUAGUUGGGGGUGGUGGCAGGUGCGGCUGGCGGCGCUGCUGGCGUUGCCGAUGCUGCUGAGCGGGAUGUACGGCACCAACUACGUGUUCCUCGCCGCACACACGCCGCACAGAUGUCACGUGCCGGAGUGCGAGAACUCAUCCGCGCUGGAGUCCGCUCCGGCGCCGGAGUCGUGGCGGCCGGACUGGGCGGAGUUCGCGCUUCCGGACGACGCGUGCCGACGGCGCGUGGGCUCCGGCGCCUGCCGCAUCGACGCCUUCUACAACGAGACACAAGAGUGCGACGCCUUCGUCUACCAGCACCACAGCAGCAUCAAGGCCGAGUUUGACCUGGGUUGCCAGGAGUGGAAGCGCACGCUGGUGGGGACCAUCCACAACGUGGGCAUGCUAGUCUCCCUGCCGCUCAUCGGGUACAUCUCAGACAGAUGGGGUCGUCGCACGGCGCUGGUGGUGGCGGGGGUGGGGGCUGGGGUGUGGGGGCUGCUCAAGUCGCUGGCCCCCGCCUACACCUUCUACCUGGCCGCCGAGUUCCUCGAGACCGUGUUCGGAGCCAGCGUCUACCCGGCCGGAUUCGUGCUCAUGAUCGAAUGGCUGUCGGUGGAUCAGCGCAUCCUGGCGAGCCUGGUGCUGGGCGUGCCGCUGGCGGCGGGCGCGGCGCUGCUGGCGCUGCUGGACCAUCUUGCCGGCUACUGGCGGCUGUGGGCGCGCAUCGCCUACCCCCCCUCCUUCCUCCUGCUGCUGUACCUCUGGCUGCUGCCCGAGAGCGUUCGCUGGCUGCUCACCCAGGAGCGAGUGGACGACGCCCUCCACGUCAUCAAGCGGGCGGCGCGAGUCAACAGGAUGAUGCUGUCGGACGACAGUCUCCAAAAAAUAGUCGUGAACGAGAACCCCGAGAAAAUUGAUUCCGAGGACGAGAGCUUGCUCUCCGCUUUCAAAAAAUACGGUGCGCUGCGGCGGCGGCUUGCGGUCUGCGGAUGGUGGUGGCUGGGCGGCGUGCUGGUGUUCUACGGGCUAGCGGUGCGCGCGCACUCGCUGGCGGGCUCGCCGCACGCCAACUACGCGCUGGUGGCCGCGGCGGAGCUGCCGGCGCUGGUGCUCAACACGCUGCUACUGGACCGUGUCGGCCGCCGCCCGCUGCUGACCGCGGCGUGGCUGCUGACGGCCGCGUCGCUCGCCACCAUCCCCUACGUCCCACAGGCCGCGACGGCGCUGUUCCUGCUGGGGAAGGUGGGCGCGACGAUGGCGCUGAACGGGCUGUACGUGUACACGGCGGAGCUGUUCCCGACGCGUGCGCGGCAGCGCCUGCUCGCCUGCUGCUCCGCCGUCGGCAGGGUCGGCGCCAUCCUCGCGCCGCAGGUGCCGCUGCUGGCGGCGUACGGGGAGUGGGUGCCGACUACGCUGCUGGCGACGCUGCCGCUGCUGAGCGCGGCGCUGGCGCGGCUCAUGCCGGAGACCCUGGGCCGGACGCUGCCGGACACCUUCGCCGACCUCGCCCCGCCCCCCGCCGCUGUCUGACCGCCCCCUGCCCCCGCCCUCCGCGCAGAUCUCACACUAGGUUACAAACGCCAGUUAAACUGGGAUCGUGUUAUAGUCUUAGUACCAUGCCGCACGAUGCGGUGCGGCGGCGGUAUGGCGCCUGACCGGUGCCGCUCCGGUUUCCUACAUAUAAAAUGUAUGGUAUGACACACGACAAGAAUCUUUAAUCUUUUGCCACUUGCAUGAUAUUAACGGGAAAGCAUAAAAGUUACAAUUUCGCAAGCAGGGUGGCUGACGCUGGUUUUAUUUGUUGGCACGCGUAAAAUUGCAGUAACAUAGAAAUCAGAGGGCGUGAGUAUCACAUCAGUGAAACUUCAGGCGUCCCACCAGAAUAUCCUUGUAGCAGUGUAGAUACUAGAUAGUGUUGUGACAUAAUAUGGACAGAAAUUUUGAAUAAGAAAAUAGUUAUACUGUAUAUAGUGCAAACUGUGUGUACCUAGUAGUACGCGUCUUGUUAGUAUUAUUCAUUUAUAAAGUAGAUUAGCAUAAUUUGGCUUAUCAAUCAAUAAAAUCAAUUAUGUUUUGAACUGUUGCUCAAGUGUUAAAAAUAAUCUUUACAAACAUUUUGUACGUACGUAAUAUACAAGACAAUAGUAAUUUAAUUACAACGUUUGACCAAAUGGUUGACUUUAAUUUGUAAAAUAGUUGUAGGUGUAAAUAGUAGUACAGUCUGGCACCUAAACAGACAUAACGAUGGAAUAUAACAUAUCAUAAUAUUUUAUUUAAAGGACCACAAAUGAGUUAGGUUUAGGAUUAUGAAGACAAAGUCUUGUACUAACACGUGAAUUACAAUUUACAACACGAUCAAUAUUAAGUACUCUUAAUUUUAAAUGCCUUGUAAAAUAAUUAAGCAUUGACAGUAAAGGCAUUGCUUAUUCUAAGACGUGCAAGCGCUUGUGUAAUUAUACUUCUGUAAAAAUAUCCAUGUAUUUUCUUACUAAAACUUAUAGAGUAAGAGCCCGCCAGGGUCAGACCUUCCUCAGUAUAGGAAAGCUGAAAGUUCACCUGUUUGUGACCUUUACAGAGGUAAGAACGACCAGCAACUG